UAAAGUUACCAUUAGGAUUGAUAUUUUAUUGUAAUUACACACACGACAAUAUACUUGUUUCGCGUUAGCGGAGAAUUAUCGAGUGACGAAACGUAUACUCUACGAGAUAAAAGAGAUUGAUAAAUUAAGAAACAUAUGCUGUUUCGUACACAUCAUUUAAUCAUUCAUUCGUGUCGCGCCUUUUAGUUCGUUCCAUUACGGAAUGUUCCUAAACUUAGGAACUCUGGUAAGGACGACAACAUAUAACAUAGCAUAGUAGUCGAUACUUCCGCAAUAAGGUUAAGUUUUUGGUGCUGACCUGAUUCAUUUAGAUUGUACCUGGUACAUUAUAAAAAUAAAAUGGCAAAACUAGUUACACAAUUAACAAAAUGUACCGCGCAGACAUUUUCAUGUGCUACGAGGAUAAAUUUAUUCAGUCAUCCUGUUUCAAGAGUAUCCAUGCACCUCUCGCGUUCUAUUUCUACCACUCGAUGUUUAAAAGUCGGACGGCUAUUUGCGAAAUCACAUGAAUGGAUCGUUGUCAAUGGUAACAUAGGAGUAGUUGGAAUAUCUCAUCACGCGCAAGAAACACUGGGCGAUGUUGUGUACGUUCAGCUUCCAGCAGUUGAACUUGUAGUGAAUACGGGAGAAGAGUGUGGAGCAAUAGAAUCAGUGAAAGCUGUUUCUGAAAUAUAUAGUCCAGUCAGUGGAAAGAUAUUAGACAUAAAUGAAAUGAUUUUACAAGUACCUGGUUUAAUUAAUGUAUCAUGUUAUGAGAACGGAUGGCUGUUCAAAAUAGAAUUAGGUAAUCCAGAUGAACUUAAAAAUCUACUAAGUGAUGAAGCUUAUAAUCUAUAUCUACUGUCUGAUCAGCAUUAAGCAUCUUUUACUGUGAAUCUAUACAAAGUUAUUAUUUAGUAGUAGCUUAAUUGAAUCUGUUAGUACAAUCUAUUAUCAAUAUAAAAAGGAUUUUUAUUUAUUUUAAAGCAUAAAGUAACAAACAUAUUUGUUUACACGUUAGUACACAAUAUUUUAUCGUACAAACGUAAAACAGCUGCAUUUUAAAAUUAAUUGUGUGACUGAAUGAAAAAAGAAAAACAUUAUGAUUCGAAUAAAAUUAAUUUAAAUUA